AUGAAUUUUAUAUCAAAUACAGGGAAAAAAAAAGAAUGUUCUGAAUGGAUUAAAUUAACAGAAGAACGUAGUUAUGUUCCAGCGUUAGUUAAUAUUGAUCUACGUAAAGUUUUAAUGACAGAGGAUCGAUGUAUUAUUGAUGAUGUUCAUAUGGCAAAUGUUUUAUAUGAACGUAUUAAAUCAUAUUUACCAGGAAUAUGGAUAGUUGGCCUUAAUGAAUGUCUUCGUUAUGAUCUGGACAACAAUUUAAAGAACAUAUGA